AAUAUUAUAAAUGUUUUACUUGAAAAAGUCUUCUUGGAUACGAGAAUAAUAAUAAUAAUAUAAAGAUAACGUUCCAUUAAAUGACAACUCCUGAACCCAGCGCCAGAGAUUCUAGAGAAAACUCUAGAAAUCAAAAUACUUCAAGCUCUACUUCAUCAAAGAAUGAUCGAGUGCGCUACGAACCAGAGGAUCAUUUAAAAGGACCAAACUAUCUAUUACAAAUUUUGGGUGAAUAUGUCAGGGAUAAUGAUGUGGAGAAAGAAUUUGAUUCCAUGUGCCAUAAAUUACUCUCUGCAGAUAAUCUGCCAAAAAAUCCUUAUCCAUUCUUGACAAGAGAGAUGAGAAAAGCGGCUGAAAAACAUAGGCUGAAAAAAUAUCACGAAGAUGAGAUAUUUCAUAUUUGUAAUCGUUAUUACGAAAAGACUGUUUGUAAGAAAAUUUUUAAAGGAAUUGGGUCACAAGAUGUUCCUAUAUACGGUUUAAGAGUUCUUAUGAGCAUCGUUAAUCCAGAUAGUAUGGUUCAAUAUAUUAAAAUUUUGAAAGAACUUCAGCCACCUUACUAUUCAUUAACCCAAGCUAGAGGAUAUUCUAACCAGGCUAUAGUUUGUCUAACUGGAGCGACAAUAUUUGAAGGAAGCUUUAUAAAAUCGUCAAAAAUUAUUGAAACUCGCAUGGAAUAUAUUGUUACAGGUGAAGAAUUAGAUGAGAAUGACUUUGUAAAGAUGAUAAUAGCAGCAACAAAAGAAAAGAGAGUAAUAACAAUAGAACUAUGCUUUAGAUUAGCUAAUGAAAGAUUUAGACACGGAGAGGUGCAAUACUUUCUUACUUAUGUAAAUUCUAAUGAUGAUAGUGGAGAUAAUAGAUUAUUCACAUUUGGACAAAUUCCUUUAUCAACAAUUCAUACAAGUAUAUUCCACGAUGUUACUAGCGCAGGAGCUUACUUUAAUAUAUUAAUUGAUGAUCAUAUGGCAAUAAACGACACAUCAAUAGAUCCUUACGCAUGGCAAUAUACAGAUCCGAUUAAAUCAUAUUUUCAAAGUAUAGUUGCUAACGAUAAUCCAGUAAGAGGAGAAGAAAAUGAAGAAACUUUAAAGAUGACAAAAAUAACUAUUGAAAUUUUUAAAUGUUUUCAAUCGUUAGCAGUUAGCUUUGGUCAUCUUAUGCAUAAGAACAUUAUUAUUCGGCAAUUAAUUAACUUUUAUGGCGAUAUUUAUUACAAUUCGCCAGCUAUAAAUGGUAUGGUUGAUGAAUAUGCAACAGAAUUAAAGAAUCUACUAUCGGAGGAAGGAUGGAUAAAAAGAUGUUCGAAUGAAAUAUCGUGCGCGAAAAGAUGGCUAAGUAUUAUUAAUAAUUUAUACGAAACAUCUGAAAAUGGAGAACUUAGGAUACCUAUAACAGCAGAUACUGCAGAGAUAUUUAAGGAGAUUAACGUACAAUGUCUUCCUCUCCAACUUCUAUUUAUUGACGACGUAAUGGGCUGUUUAGACGAAUUAUUCGGUCUACAAAGUAGCAUUAAGAAUGCUUUUAAUAAGAAUGACCAGAGUGGUUUAAGUCUACCCGUUUCCCCAGUUCACAAAGAUUUAUUAUUAUCGAAUUUAAUAAAGGAUUGUAGUACAACUAUGGACGUCAAUUCAGCCAUGGAAAAGGAUGGUAUUAAUAGUGACAUUGCUAAAGAAACAGUUUUAAUUAGGUAUAUAAUAGACUCCCAUUUAGACAUUGUUUGGACAGAGACACAAACUGAUUUUAUACUAAGCGAACGAGUUCUUCCGAAAAAUCCUUUUGUUAUUUUUCUUGAUCAUUUCAAUCAGGCUAAUUACAAAGCAAUUCAUUUUGGCAUGUCCGAAGAGGAUAUCUUAGAGAUUAUCGAUGAAAAUAAAUCUCUUAUUGAACCUACGGACGACUACGAAUUAAUUUAUAAGACAAACAAUAGAUAUUUUGGUCUAAAACCAGCUCUACAAUAUCUAAGUAAUACCGAAUUGAAUGAUAUAUCUGGUGUAAUAAAUGAAUUUUAUGAUACGAAUUCCCGGAAAAAGGAUGGGUUGUAUACAGUUCAUAAAUGCCAAACGUUUGGUUCGCACCAAAUUAUACAUAGUGCAAUCAACGGUCAUCUCUCUGAUUUUAAUUUAAGAGAUUAUAUUCUUAUUACUGGUCCUGAUCGCUGCAUUAUCGAAGGUUGUGAAUUAUACGCUAACGAAGUGGUGGAUGAUUUACAUAGAUUGGUUAAUUUAAAUUCAAAACCAAUUGUCAUUGGUUUAUACUUGGACGGUGAACAUUGGUCAAUAACUUCGAUUAGUGGAAAACUUUACGCAUUACAAACAGAGCUAAGGAGGGUUGUAAGCGAAAAACGUCAAGUAUUUACUGUUUUUUACAUCUAUAUAUCCUGGAGAUAUGUUCGCGUGACGAAAUAUUAUGACUUGUAUUAUUUAUCUAAUAAUGAGAACAGUCUCAAGUUUCAAAAUUCGUCCUCUCUAACCAUUUAUGAAAGUAUAUUCUUUGAUUAUGAUGAGGCGGUUCGUUGCGUUAGUGAACUUAUAAGGCAAACACCCUAUAGUGUACCGAUGGCUAAAGAGGUAACGAAUCGAUUGGACUCUCUAGCCAGCGAAUUUAAAUAUCUUCAAACAAUGAGUCAAAAUCUUAACGAAUUAAUCUCUCAUGUACUAAAUACACAAUCCGAUGAGGAUGACGUCAGCCUAAAUAAAAUGGAAGAGUUAAAAUUACGAUCGUUCCUUAGAGGUUUUUUGGUGAAAAUGAAUAUUUUAUUAGUUAUCGGUGUUCGACCUCUACUUCCAUCAUUGGAGUUAUUUAUAAAAAAGAAAUUACAAGAUUUUAUUGAUCACAAUGAAGUUGAAGAUCAAUAUUUUAUUCAAAUCUUACCUACAGUUAGUUUCGCAGGCUUUAGACUCUGUCAAAUGGACUUUACAGACGAUACUCCAGCUUUACGCUCAUGA